CUGCUUUUUUAGCGCGACUUGAGGUGUCUCUGCCUCCAUUUAGUUCCUUCUUUGAACAAGUUUGUCAUCAACAUAUUACUCCCCUUGCCUUCAAUAUACACUCCAGCAGCAGCAGCAGCGGCAGCAGCAGCAGCAGCAGCAGCAGCAGCAGCAGCAGCAGCAGCAGCAGCGGCAGCAGUUAUUUUUUAAGCCCUUCAGGCGCACUCAACACCCACGGACAGUGCAGCGCAGCAGCAAUAGGGCCUGUAUAUAAUCCUGUACCUUCACCUUAUGGGGGGCCCCUACCCAUAGGUGGGGGCCCCCCAAUAGGAAACGGGGGCCUCCCAUACAUAGGGGGGCCCCCCUCCAAGGGGUCCCCCACAUACCCAGGCAAGGCCCCCACGUAUCCAGGGGGGGCCCCCACAUACCCAGGAGGGGCCCCCACAUACCCAGGGAAGAACCCCACAUAUCCAGGGGGGGCCCCCACGUAUCCAGGAGGGGCCCCCACGUAUCCAGGCAAGGCCCCCACGUAUCCAGGGGGGGCCCCCACAUACCCAGGGAAGAACCCCACAUAUCCAGGGGGUACCCCCACGUAUACAGGCGGGGCCCCGACAUAUACAGGGGGGGCCCCCACAUAUACAGGGGGGGCCCCGACAUAUACAGGAGGGGUCCCCACCACAUAUUCGGGGGGCCCCACAAGUAUGGGGAGCCCCACAAGUAUGGGGGCCCCCUCAACUGUGGGGGGCCCCACAAGUAUGGGGAGCCCCACAACUGUGGGGGGCCCCACAACUGUGGGGGUCCCCACAAGUAUGGGGGGCCCCACAACUGUGGGGGGCCCCACAAGUAUGGGGGUCCAUACACCGUACAGCGGGGUCACGACAUACGAGGGCCCCACAACAUACGAAGACCCCACAACAUAUGGAGGCCCCACAACAUAUGGUGGCACCUCAUCUAUGGGGGCCCCUUCAUAUAUGGGGGCCCCCUCAAGUAUGGGGGCCCCCUCAAGUAUGGGGGCCCCCUCAAGUAUGGGGGCCCCCUCAAGUAUGGGGUCUUCAUCAUAUAUGGGGGCCCCCUCAUCUAUGGGGUCUUCAUCAUAUAUGGGGGCCCCCUCAAGUAUGGGUGUACCCUCAAGUAUGGGGGCCCCUUCAAGUAUGGGGGCCCCUUCAAGUAUGGGUGUACCCUCAAGUAUGGGGGCCCCCUCAAGUAUGGGGGCCCCCUCAAGUAUAGGGGCCCCCUCAAGUAUGGGGGUACCUGUUAGCUGGGGGCCCCCCGACACGCAGUUUAUGGGGGCCCCACAUGGCGGACGACAGUUGGGUGAAGAGGAGACAGAAGAAGGGAGUAGACAUCUCUCAGGCACAGCAGCAAACCCCCCCUCAGGAAGGCAUUGUGGGGGCCCCUGCACCAGACAAUGCUACAGGCCUUCUUCUCCUUCUAGUUGCAGCCCUGGGGUGUAUAGGCAGCGACCUUUUGCAUGCAGAGCAGGAGAUAUGCUCGGCAAAUUUGGUGUACCUUCAGACCUGUCUCCUUCUGCUGCUGCUGUUGAGUUAGCGUUGAUAGAGUUAGAUAAACACUCUGAAAACCCCUGCCUUAUAGCCGAGCAAAGACUCCCUUUGGUUGUCUUCUGUGACUGCACAGGGGCGCCUCUGGCUUGUGUACCCUUCCAGAGGUUGGAGACAGCAGAGAGCACCCUCCUUUUAAAUUAUAUCGGGGGUCUCCUUUCAGCAGCAGAUGCUGCUGUUGCUGUGCUGCGCAGCAACGAACAGAUGCAGGCUUUAUUGAGCAUCAUAGGAGAACUAGAGACACGUAUUAACUUCCUGUACUGCAGCACAUAA